GGCCUUUUCUUACUAUUUUAUUUGUACUUUUCAGCAGUUGAUGCACUUGCUCAGUGAUGGCUGAUGAAGCAAUGGAGUACGAUAUUCAGGCACCCUUGGCUCCUGCCUUAGGACAGCCUACUUCUGCAGAAGUGCUGGGCACCCCAGAGCAGCCAUCCCUGCUUCAAGCCCCUGCUGUUACAGAUACGGUCCCUGAACCAGGAAUGCUCCAGCCGAUUCGACCACCAGUCAUAGCAGAAAUGCGAGUCGAGCGUGCAGGUGGAAAUGGUUCAGGGCCAGUGUAUUUGCGACGGGUUCAUUCUGGCCGUGUUCUUCGAUUAUCUACAGUUAAUACUGUGGACAGCUUCAUCAGCGGGCUGCAGCGACUUCAUGGCGUGCUGCAAUUCCUAAGACCUUCAUCUUCUGACAGCUAUGUGGGACCAGUGAGACUGAGGAGGAGAGGGUCUGCUCGUAGGAUAAGAACUGGAGGGUCUCAAAGGACGGAUGGUGCCAGGCCAAGAGCACCUCUGGAUGCCUAUUUUCAACUGGGCCGGGCCCGGAUACAUGUGCACAGCUCUGUGGAUUCAAACACAGUGAAUCCUAUCUCUGAAGACUUUGAGGAAUCGAAUAAUUCAGCAUCAGACAGUGAUAGCUCCACAGACUCUGAAGAGGCAGACCAGCCUGAAAAUGCUGGAGCUGUUACAGGAGAACAAUCAGGAGGCCUUUCAGAACAAGAAACUAGAUGUGUUCCCGGAGAAGACGCCCUACCCAAACCGCAGUCUCCCCCAAAGUGCAACCCUCUUGUGGAUGAGGAGGAAGGAGACACUUGUACAAUAUGUUUGGAACAGUGGACCAAUGCUGGAGAUCACCGGCUUUCAACAUUACGCUGUGGGCACCUCUUUGGGUAUAGCUGCAUUUCUAAGUGGCUCAAAGGACAGGCACGAAAAUGUCCCCAGUGCAACAAGAAAGCCAAACACAGUGACAUCGUUGUCGUUUAUGCCAGAUGUUUGAGGGCUUUGGACACAAGUGAACAUGAGCGCAUGAAGAAUUCCUUAGAAAAAGAGCAGACACUCCGGAGGAAAGCAGAAUUAGACUCUGCACAGUGCCGGCUCCAGCUUCAGGUUCUAUCCGAUGAAUGUAAUAAGCUUCGUGUUCGUGUGAAGGACUUGCAGAAACUUGUAGAACACCGGGAUCAGAUUUCUCAGAAGUUUGGGGACUCUGAAUUCAAACUCCAAAGUGACCUGCCCUCAAGCCAGGGCCUCCACAAGUUUCAACCCCACAAGAUCUUUAAUAUUUCUCAGACUGGACACUGCCGCAUCAUGGCGUAUUGUGACUCUAUGAGCUGCUUAGUAGUGUCACAGCCUUCUCCUCAAGCUGCCUUCCUUCCAGGCUUUGGGGUUAAGAUGCUGAGUACUGCCAACAUGAGGAGCAGCCAGUACAUUGCCAUGCACAGCAAACAGAUCCGAGGACUGGCUUUCAGUAGUAAGUCCAGAGGCUUAAUGCUCUCUGCUUCCUUGGACAAAACUCUGAAACUGACCAGCCUGGAGACAAAUACUGUGGUCCAGACUUACAAUACUGGGCGUCCUGUCUGGAGCUGCUGCUGGUGUCUUGAUGAAAAUGAUUACGUCUAUGCUGGCCUGGUUACUGGUUCGAUUCUGAUGUAUGACCUUCGCAGAACAAACCUUCCUGUUCAGGAAUUACUCCCUCAGAAAUCCAGGUGCCCGCUGGUAUCUUUGUCAUACAUCCCUAGAGCUGCUUCAUUAGCAUUUCCCUAUGGUGGAUUAUUGGCUGGGACUUUGGAGAGUGCUUCCUUCUGGGAGCUAAAGUUGAAUUUGGAUCAUUUGCCUCAUGUACUCCCCUUGGAGCCAGGAGGCUUCGUUGACUUUCAGACAGAAAGCAGCACCCGCCACUGCCUUGUGACUUACAGACCAGAUAAAAAUCACAUCACUUCACGUAGUGUGCUAAUGGAGAUGUCCUACACGAUGGAUGAUUCUGGGAAGCCAGUGUGUUCUUGCCACCCUGUUCAGACAUUCCUUGGGGGACCCACUUGCAAACUCCUGACGAAAAGUGCUAUUUUCCAAAGCCCAGAGAAUGAUGGCAGUAUCCUGGUGUGUCACGGGGAUGAAGCAUCCAGUUCUGCUCGGAUCUGGGAUGCUGGCAGCGGGACGAUGCUGCAGGAAUUGAAGGCUGAUCAUCCUGUCUUGGACAUCUGCACGUUUGAAGUAAAUGAAUCUAGUUACUUAGCUGCCUUAACAGAAAAGAUGGUCCAUAUGUAUAGGUGGGAAUGACUGGGAUUUUGAGACUUAUCAGGCACAUUGCUAGUUUAUGUUAAAUAUUAGCUUGCGCCUACCUACCCUGAGCAGCAUUCUAAUCAUUGUCACAGCUGCAAAGUUUUAGGAUCAUGGUGGUUUGAAUUAGUAGAAUUCCAGGACUACAGAUAUCUGGACUCCUGAUUUCAUUUGCUGUGUUCAUCAAAAGAACCACUGCUCUUCCAUCAACAAAUUGAUUUCUGGGGUGUAAGGCUUUUAUGAAUCUUGGUUAACAAUUUCCAAUGAGAUUUCCUGGCUGGGGUCUCAUUCUAACAGUCAUGGAGAGUCUGAGUGGCACCAGGCAUUUUCUGGGCAGUGUGCUUACCCCUACAGUGUAACUGGGUUUUAGACUUUGACUUGAAAACAUGUACAUUUUGGAAAGGAACGAAUGAUCUUUUGGCUGCAGGAUAGUCACACAGGAAGGAACCAUAGAAAUUUGGGUGUUCCUGUUGUGUUUUCUUCUGUGGUCUGACAGCCUCGUAGCAUGGUUCCCUUUCCGGAAGUAUGCUGGAGAGCUUGUCUUCUCUGCUCUAGCAGUGGCAGUGACAUUUUUUUUUUCCUACCUAGCUUAGAAUCACAGAAUUGACUUGAUGUAAACCAUUGCUUCCAU